AUCUUGUUUAAUGCAGUUUAGUCCAAAUAACAUAACAGUUUUACAACUCCAAUACAUAUUUUUUACAAAAUAAAAAACACUUAGCUCUACUUACCUUAAUUACUUGUGGUUACUUGGGAAGGAAACAAAAACACAUGCACUUUUAACUGACAUUUGUAAACUGCCGAUUAUGAGAAGGUUGUCAAAUUUAUAAAAAAAAUUGAGAAUUAGAUUUAAAUAUAGAAGAAACUAGUGCAGUUUUCCAUAAGUGUGGAAAUUCAUUUGUUGCAAUACUUAAGUUGAAGAUAUGAAGUAAAGGUCUUUUUAACCACUCAUUACAGGCCUUCAGAACAUAUAGAGGCAUGCCGUCUAGUCCCGCUGCUUUUUUUGGUUUAAGUUUUUUAAUUGCUUCAAUAUGGUUCUGUCGCCAAAAAAGUUUGAUAACCGCUGUUUUAGAGAAUGAAAGAGCAAUGUUCUCAAAACCAUAAUAUUUUAAUUUAGCUGAUAUGCACUUAAGAAAGGCUCGAAGAAAAGGCAAAUUUAACUCUAAAGUUGCUUUUGAGAACAAAUUGGCAAAAUUAAAUACUCCACAAACAACCAAAGUUCAAAUUUCAAGGAAGAAAGGAAAGUUUACUGCUGAGAAAGUAACUCUCAGAGAAAUUGCUCUUAACAAUAAAAUACUGAGGCUACAUUUAGUACGAGAAAAUCUAAAAGAUCUAAAAAAGAAAAAAUCACCUGUUAAGACUUCAAGUAAACCAAAACCAGGAAAACAGAAAUUAAAAAACUCUACCUCGGACAAGAAGACUAUUCCUCUAAUUCAAAAUUCUUUUAAAAAGAACCGGUUGAACUCCAAACCUCUUAAAAUAAAAUUAUUUAACAAAAAAUUGUCUCCAAAAAGAAAAAUGGUUGUAAACAAUGGAAAAGUCAGUAAAUAUGAUCCAGAUGAUUAUUUCAUAAAGAAAUUGAAAUCAAAAGCAAAUGGCCAAAUGUUCUUCUUAAAACAAUGUCCCUAUAAACCCACAUCGGAGGGAAAACUUAACUAUAAGUUUCAUCAGCUUGUAAACGAUGUCAAAAACAUGCAAUUGCCAACACCCUUAUGGAAAAUAAAGGUGAUUAUAAGACACAAUAAGAUUGCAGCAAUAAUAUUCACAAAUAAAGCUGAGCUGGAAAGGAGUCUUAGUUUUAAUUCAGAUGAUGAAAAAUAUCACAUAGUUAUUGACAACAAACCAGCUUUUCUUCUAGGAUCUCCAGGAAAGGUAAAUAGUUGUAAUGAAAUCGAAGUGUUGUUAAGUAUAAUGGAGAACAUUGAAAAAGACAGUUAUAUGAUUAUGUAUAAGUGAAUUUUUUUGUA